AUGACAGGAAAAGUUCAAAAUGGUCUAAUGAAUUUCAAGCUGGAAGGCUCAGGCAGUUGGGGUUCAACGAUUGCGCUAAUUAUUGGACGGAAUGCUGAAAAAUACAGAAAUGAUUUUGAUCCAAAAAUUCGUAUGUGGGUUCAUGAAGAAGUGAUAAACGAAAAGAAACUUACUGAAAUUAUCAAUACGCAACAUGAAAAUGUGAAAUAUUUGCCGGGUAAAAAAUUAUCACCAAAUGUGAUAGCUGUUGCAGACUUAGUAACAGCUUGCACGAAUAGUGAUAUACUUAUCUUUGUGAUACCAUAUCAGUUCGUGGAAAAUGUUUGCAUUCAAUUAAAGGAUCACUUGAAAGAGGGCGCUUUGGCUAUUUCACUUAUCAAAGGUUUUUUGAUUGAUAGAAAAGAAGGAGUGAUUCGUUUAGUGUCUGAAAAAAUACGAGAAUUGCUCAAUAUCGAUACAGCAGUUUUGAUGGGAGCAAAUGUGGCUCAGGAAGUGGCAAAUGAUGAAUUCUCUGAAGCAACAAUUGGCUAUAAAGGUCAAAAAGAUAAAUGGCAAAUGUUGAAAAAAUUAUUCGAAAGUGAUAAUUUUCGGAUUCAUUUAACCGAAGAUUCGAAUACAGUUGAAUUAUGUGGUGGUUUAAAAAAUAUAGUAGCAUGUGCAGCUGGUUUUGCUGAUGGUUUAGGAUAUGGAAGUAAUACAAAAGCAGCUAUUAUACGAUUAGGAUUAUUGGAAAUUAUUUCAUUUAUCGAAUUAUUUUAUCACAGUUCAAAUAUUCAAACAUAUUUCGAAAGUUGUGGAAUAGCUGAUCUUAUAGUAGCAUGUACUUCUGGCCGUAAUCGUAAAAUAUGUGAAGCAUUUGUUAAAACCAAAAAAUCGAUCCAGGAUUUGGAAUGUGAAAUAUUAAAUGGACAAAAUGUUCAGGGUCCAGCAACCGCUGAAGCAAUUUUUGUGAUGUUAAAAAAGCAUAAUAUGAUAUCAAAAUUUCCAUUAUUUAUUGCGGUAUAUCAAAUAUGUAGGGAACAACUUUCACCAAAUCUGCUAAUUGCACGUCUACGAGAAUGCAAAGGUGAACUACCAAAAAAUUGGUUGAAUGGUCAACAAUUUUUUACCAGAUAA